AAACGACAUCCUGAUUCAGAACUCUUCCUUUGAACUGGAAUUAACAGUUCUGGAUCAUAAAGACCGCUGCUGAGAGCUGCGCCCUGGGACGGGGUCCUGUCCGGUGAGAGGUACCCCAGGAUGACUGUUCCCCGCCUGCUCCUGCUGACCCUGCUGGUCUUUCUGUGUGGCCUCGCUGCCUAUUGCCACCUGGCACCUGAGGAUGACAAGAGCCUGCGCAGCAACUCCUCCUUAAACCUUCUGGACUUCCCGGCUGUCUCUAUUGUAGCACUGAACAAGAAAUCCAAAAACAUCAGCAGAAAAGAAGCAGAGAAGAAAUCUUCCAAGAAAAGGACUUCGAUGAAGAAAGCGGCUCGGCCUCGGUUGCCCAGCCCCUGCGUGGCCACCCGCGACAGCUGCAGGCCUCCCGCCCCUCCCUGCUGCGACCCGUGCGCCUCCUGCCAGUGCCGCUUCUUCCGGAGCGCCUGUUCCUGCCGGGUGACGAACCCCAACUGCUGA